GCCCCGGCGCGAUGUCGGGCGGCGCGGCCGGCGCCCCUAAACCUCUCCCGUCCUCCGGGCCCAAGUCGUUGCGGGAGAUGCCGCAUCCCUUGGCCACGUCCAGCAGCGAGGAGAUGGGGCCGGCGCUCACCCCCAGCCCCGACCUGCUGCUGCCCCGCAGCAUCGCCGACAAGGAUCUCAGUCUACCCAAUGGCACGCCUGUGGACACUUCUAGCCCAGCCUCCUCUUCAUCUCUCCUCAACAGACUGCAGCUGGAUGAUGACUUGGAUGGGGAAACCAGAGACCUCUUUGUUACUGUUGAUGAUCCCAAAAAACACGUGUGCACGAUGGAGACAUAUAUUACCUACAGGGUUACAACAAAGACCACGAGAGCAGAGUUUGAUUUGCCAGAGUAUUCUGUCCGCCGGCGGUACCAAGACUUCGACUGGUUGAGAAACAAGCUGGAAGAGUCUCAGCCAACACAUCUCAUUCCCCCUCUUCCUGAGAAAUUUGUGGUAAAGGGUGUUGUCGAUCGCUUUUCUGAAGAAUUCGUGGAGACCAGGAGGAAAGCAUUAGACAAAUUCUUGAAGAGAAUAACUGAUCACCCGGUGCUUUCUUUUAAUGAGCACUUCAACGUGUUUCUCACAGCCAAGGAUCUCAAUGCCUACAAAAAGCAAGGAAUGGCAUUGCUAUCAAAGAUGGGGGAGUCUGUCAAAUAUGUCACAGGAGGCUACAAAUUAAGAAGUCGUCCAAUGGAGUUUGCAGCCAUUGGGGAGUACCUAGACACAUUCUCUCUAAAGCUUGGUACCAUUGACAGAAUAGCACAACGGAUUAUCAAGGAACAGCUGGAAUACUUGGUGGAACUACGAGAAUAUGGACCUGUUUAUUCAACCUGGGGAGGGCUGGAGGUUGAGCUAUCAGAGCCCCUGGAGGGGGUGUCUGCCUGUAUUGGGAACUGCUGCACAGCUCUUGAAGAACUCAGUGAAGACAUGACAGAAGACUUCCUGCCUGUCCUUAGGGAAUAUAUAUUGUACUCGGAGUCGAUGAAGAAUGUAUUGAAGAAAAGAGACCAAGUUCAAGCAGAGUAUGAAGCAAAACUGGAAGCAGUAGCCUUGAAAAAAGAAGACCGUCCAAAGGUACCGACAGAUGUUGAGAAAUGUCAAGACCGAGUAGAGUGUUUCAAUGCUGACCUGAAAGCAGACAUGGAGAGAUGGCAGAACAACAAAAGACAAGACUUUAGGCAGCUACUCAUGGGCAUGGCAGAUAAAAACAUCCAGUACUACGAGAAGUGCCUUACGGCGUGGGAGUCAAUUAUACCACUAUUGCAAGACAAGCCAGAGACCAAAUAAGAAGUACCUUCAUGGACAGUCUAGCACUUCUAUGCUCAGUACCACUAGACAUACUGGAACUUUUUGAAGGACUCCUUUUGUCAAGUUAACUGAAAUGCCAGCUGCACUUGGGCUGGAACAGACGCUCUGAAAACUAUUUGAAUUUUUUUCCUCACUUUCUGUGUUUAAACUGGGGUAUGUUUCAUCUUUUUGAGUUAUCUUGAAUGGUUCCUUCUUUAUCCUAUGGAGUGAUUGGGGGUUCAUAUUGAAAGUGCACGGGGAUCUUGAUAAAACUUACCUCUUUAGUCUGGAAGGAACUGAUGAGUGGAACACUAAAAAGAUGAAAAUAAAACUCUACUGCAAGGUGCCAAAUGACAUCUUUAUUACCAUUCUGUUUUGUUUGCUAGAAAAAAAAAGAAAAAAUAAUAAUUAUUCCUAUGAUACAGUACUCUCUAACCAAUCCUUAUCCCUAUUUUUGGAUGGACAGGGAAAGGCUGGAAAUGGAUAUUUUCUGUUUUGCUACCGCCCAUGUGCUCCCUCUGGAUUAAACGGUUUCUGGAGACUUUUCUGUGUGGGAGUUGGGCUGGUCCUGGACAGAACAUACCAACACCACCUGCAAGCAUGAUCUGUGGUUUUUGUCAGUGUGGCAUGCUGUUGGUUCAUACUGAGUAUCUUUGUUUACCUUGGUGAUUAUGAAGUAAUGUCAGUUGGCUGGAGUGUACUUGUGACUGACUUGGGGAUCAAAAUCAGCCUAGCUGUGGGAGCGAGUAGAAGAGCAGCUUCUUGAGGCUUAUGGGAAUGGUGGAAAAAAGUGUGAGUUUUCGGUGUAUUUUUUUCUGAUGCUGUCUCUGGAAGUUGCAUGGUAGUAUUCUCUUGGUCCAUGCUUUAAACUUUUUUUUUCUGAACUAGAGGCACUUUGGGCAUGGUGCCUGCUGUAGUAAAGGUAGAACUCUGCUUUCUCUCCCCAUUUUUUUUUUUUUGCAGCAGCCAAAAGCCAGAAAGUGUCAAAUACCUGCUUACACCAAGCAUCGUGUGUGAAACUUGCCUUAAACAGGUUGGUGGGGGUAGAUAAGUACCCUGUUAGCUACACAUAGCGUUCAUAACUAUCUCUUCUGAGCAACACAGCAAGUCUUUUAAGACUACUUUUGGUACAGAUCUAUUUUCUUAAUAGUUUUUGUUGGCCUUUAGAAGUGUAACUGCUUCUGCAAGUCCCUUUGUUUUUUUCCUCCCCCUUUCUCUUGCAGUCCACCCUCAAGGAAAUGCCUACUUGGUGUUAAUGGUCUUAGGAAUACUGCCGUGAUUCCCAGGAUCCCAGAGUCUUGGUUUAACAGCAUGCAGAUAAAUCCCUCUUAACCAUCCUAAGUGAGGGGGUUUGGAGCUAAUAUCAGUGUAAUAUUGGGAUUUGGGGGAAUAAAUAGGUAUGAGUGCUUACUGCUAAACUGGAGUGAUAACUUGAUCUCUGGCAAUAUUCUUGCAAAGAAUCUGAGCAGUAAUUGAAUAUAUGCAACUUCUGUGUUCUCCUAUGAUGACCUACCAGGUAUCCUUCUGGUCUGGACUUCAUCCUUUCGUAAACACCAAGUGUACCUGAAGCCCCCCCUUAGCUUGGUGGCUUUAUAGCAACUGUCAAGAUGAAUUAUUGCAGCAAUGUGGUAGCUGCCAGCCUAAUGAGAUGAUGCUCUCUGGGUGCAAAAGUCAAGUUUAAGAUAUUUUAAGAGGUCUUCCUUUUUGACUUAGUACCACAGAGCUGUCAAUGGAGGCUAAACAAACUAUGCUUUUUGGUUUAAGCUCACAGUUUAUCAAUAUACACUUACUUGGUGUAAACAAGAACUCUGCUUUAAGGUGCUGUUAGGUCCAGAAUGACAAACUACUCUGGUUGUGCAAGGGAAGUGCUUAAGGGGAUCAUCUUGAAGCAGUAAUCAAGUGUUUUCCUCAACCUUUCCCUUCUAAAAUAAGCACUUGUGUAAUGUUUAACAGUCAGACCUUCAGGGUUACAGUCUCCCCUAUUUCCCACAAACAGAGAUCAACAUACUUUUUUUGAGCUGGUUCCUGUGUGGUACAUGGAAUUUUGUAGUUGACUCUGCAACAUAACUGGGAGUUGAGCAAAAUGUAAUUUGCACUAAUACUUCAGCAGUCUUCUCUCCACCUUAUAAAAAAAGUGCAGGAUGAGUAGGAGGGGUGGGCUUUUUUCCUACUAGUGAGUAGGAUUUGUCUGAUGCCUUGCAACACUGAUGUCCUAUUCCCUCUUAGUUUUAUGUCAAACUGAAGUGAGUGUUGGUUCUGGGGAACUUAGCAAUUGACAUGACAGCUGUUCCUGGGAAGCAUAAUGGACAGUGGGGAGUACCAAGUGAAGUUGAGAUCAGUGUGUAACUGCUGAGCCUGGAGCUGUUGAAUAUCAGCUGAGAUUUUCUUUUAAUCUGAUGCCACUGAUUCUGCAGCAUGGUUUUUAAACUGUUCCUCAACCAAAGCAUGUUUCAAUUUCAGGUAAUCCCUUUCUGGCUAAGCUGCUGAAAGGCAGGUGUGCUUUGCAGUUCCCUGUUGGAGUAUGUGGCUCUGUAGCAUCUGCAAGUUGAUUUGGAGGAGAGGAUGCAACAUGUGCCUCAGGCUGUGGCCACUAAUAGGAUUUCUUUUAUCAUCUGGAACACCAAAACCUCUUAAGCCCCUAACAAGGAAAGUAAAACUUAACAUUCAGAAAAGGACUCCUACAUUCAUUGCUGCAGUGUAAGAAGGGUGCGUAGUGAUGGAUCUCUCAGCUCCUAUGGGCGAUGGAGUGUCUUUAUAAAGAGCUGCUGUAAAUCUCUAGUUAACUGCGGGAGAGGCUGUGAGGUAUGGGGAAGGUCCUGAUUGUGAGGCUUGGGGGAGCAGUGCCAAACAGGAGAACUCUAAAAUAGCAGGAAACUCCUGUAAGAUGUAAGGAGUGGCAUUUGUAAAGAGUGCACUUAACUGCUAUUAGUAGGGGGCUGAGAUCUAAACUGUUAGAGAAACUCUGACGUGUUAUCCUGUAACCCUUACAGGACAGGAGUCACUCCUUUGGAUGGCCUGAACCUGAAGUGUGAAAGCUAAAAGGUGUUGGUAAAGGGAAGCAGGAGUAGUGCAGGAGCUUCAUCUUUGAAUAACUUCUGGAGUGUUCAGUCAUUUAAGGUCAGCCUCUGCAUAUGCACUAAAACAACAUCAAAAGUAGUUGCACCCUUUCUGUAAGCCUAUGUGACACAUGGGUCCUUCAAUAAUCCUUAAAUGAGCCCAGUUUUCCUUGUAAUCCAUAGCCAGACCAAGAUUUUUCUCAGCGGAUGCCUAACUCACUGCUGUCUUGGUUACUUCUGUGUAAUUUCUGGGAUGUUUGUUUCUUCUCUCAACUGGCACCAGCACAACAAAGCAAGCACUGAGAUCUUGUUUUCAUGCUCAGUAAUGAACCGUGCAUUGUUCGUAUGUAUCCUUACCAGGUUCUGACUCUUGCAAUAAACAGAUGUUGAAACAUCAUGGCUUUUUCAGGUAUCCAUUGAAAAAUGAAAAGGAAACAGGUGUAGCCCUAAAGACACGAACUCUUCUGAUGUGAGUUGUAUCAAAGAAUAAAUUAUGGUUUCUCCUCUGAAGUCUACUUGGAUUUUUGUCACACUGGCACUUGUGCUAAGGAGAGAAUAGUGGGAUAGGUGGUAGGAACAUCUGUAAAGCAUGAGUGGCAGAGGUGGUCCUGUGGAGGUACAGUGAGGUGGCCUUGCAGCAGUGGCUCUGCACAGACUGUGAUGCAUAUUGCUUCAGGUGUUGGUCCUGCAUAUGCCAAGAUACAAAAGAAUUCCUUCCUAGCCCACCAAGGACUGUUCAGUGUUUUAGGAGGAGCCACGCUGUUGUUAAAACUUGCACAAUUUAAUUGUGUGUGAUUAAUGUUGAAGACUGUUUAAAAUCCUGGUGCUGCUAACCACUGAGCAAAAUUGCAUAGACUAAACUAGCUCAUUAGAUAUUCAGCCUUCAUAAAUUCUGAAGGUAGAGCAGCCCUUCCCUUGAUAUAUUAACUUUUACUACAACAACCAAUAAACAGGGGAAAUGGAGUCUUUUUUUUAAGGUAGGGAACUUGCUACUACUUAUCAGACUUUUUUUUUUUUUAAGUAAAACCGGGGAUCACAGGAAUAAACUAGCCUUCUGGCGGUGUGAAUAUUGUAUUUUAAACUUUUUGGGAGUGCUGUUUAAUCAACUGUAUGAAAUUUAAAUGUCAAUACCUAAUUCUAUGCUUAGCGCUUUGGAGUCUUGCCGGGGCAUCUGACUUGUACAAGUGCUCGGUAAUGAACGGGGCUGGUUUUAAGGCUGCACGGCCAAGGCACAGUACUUGUGCAGAAAAUAAUGCACUUUCCAAAAAUGCCUAAUUAGAACACCUUAUGUAAGUGGCAUGCUAAAACACUAAAGGCUAGUCACUGUCCUGGACUACUCGGAAGGUCUCGGUACUCUAUGCUUUGAAGCUACACCAUUUCCUUAACUCUGCUGCUGGGAUGUGUGUCCAUACCUUCAGGUGAAGCAGCGGGGUUGGGGCCAGUGCCGUGUUCCCACUGCACCAGUGGACAGAUUGCAGGGGGGUAGUCUUACAACUGCAAACAGCCAAAGGGCUUCUGUCUUCAGUCUGUGAAAAUAAAGCCGCACCGUCCUUGUUCUCUCCUCCUCUGUGCCUGCAUCCCUCUGUCCUUCCCCGAGGUGUGGGGAGCUGGGCCGUGGAGGUGUUGGAGGCCAGCUGGCUGUGAGCGGAGGUGGACCUCAUCCCCCUCCUUGUUGAAGGUGGCAGUACCAUAUCCCAAAAACGGUGCUGACUCAUUGCCCAGACUCUUCCCCUCUCAGCCUCUGUAAACCUACUCGCCGGAGCUAGAGUCACCGUUCAUACCAUUCAAAACCAAAAAACAAAAGCUGUGAAAAGACUUGUUUCUGUGUGAAUUAGCCAGUAAACAAUGUGAAAAUGGGAAGGAGGCUUUUGUUUCCUGCACUCGACCAAAUCUGGCAACUGUGCUCUUGUUCAGACUCGCAGGCUAUGAAAUGUUGUCUUGCCUUCUGGUGCUGGCAUGUUUCUAUACCCUUUCAUAUAUCUCUGUAUAAAUAGACUUUGUGCAUUGUUUACUAUGGAGCUAGUAUUGAUGGAGAAAAACACUUUGAGGUAAAACUGUUUGUAAUUCUCUAUUAGUGUGUACAUUUUUUUAAAAUGCACCAUUUGUUUACCUCAAUUAAUUUAAUGGAAUGGACCAAUAAAUGUAUUAAAAGAUGA